AUGGCUCCAAAAGAAUUAGUACCGUUACUGAUAUCUCUGAUGUUAUUAACUGGCGUGUGCAAUACUUUACUCACUAAAUAUCAAGAUAACCUGUGUGUGAGGAACUGCAAUUAUUCCGAUCCUUCAAAGCGCAAGAAUUUCGAACAGCCUGUUCUACAAACGCUGCAGAUGUUUAUCGGGGAAUUCGGGUCAUGGCUAUUUGUCAAGUGUUUCCAGCUAUUAAAAUCCUCUAGAACCAAAAUUGGGAACACUGAGCGGGGAGACUACCUUUCCAUUCCACAACAGAGUAAUGAGGCGACAAACAACGAAACCGAGAGUACAAUUUUAAGUGCUCCUGUAAUCUCGAUAGCAAAGCCGCUGGCGUUACUCGCCAAGGAAAAAGUUCCAUUGAAAGGCUGGAAACAUUUACUUCUUUCUCUUCCGGCCCUGUGCGACAUUUGUGGCACAACUCUUAUGAAUGUGGGACUUCUCUUUGUCGUUCCUUCUAUUUAUCAAAUGACUAGGGGUGCCCUAGUUCUAUUUGUUGGUCUGUUCAGUAUCAUUUUCCUGAAGCAGCAGCUACUUCGCUUUCAAUGGUUCGCUUUGCUCACAGUAUUCAUGGGAGUCGGAAUCGUAGGAGCUGCAGGAGCAGUCUAUCAUGACGAUAACAAUCCUCAAAGCAUAACAUCGUUAUACACAAGAACUAUUAAGAUACUCGUAGCAGAAGACCAACCAUCCGAAGUUAUUCGAACGAUCAUUGGAGUUUCUUUGAUUGCUGCUGCCCAAGUGUUCACUGCAUCGCAGUUUGUAUUGGAAGAAUUUAUUUUGAGUAAAUAUACCCUUGAGCCACUCGAACUUGUCGGAUGGGAGGGUCUGAAUGGCUUGUCCGUCACCCUUAUCCUUAUGGUUCUUAUGCACUUUAUAGUAGGACAAACACCCGCCGGUCAUUAUGGAUAUUUCGACAUGAUAGAGGGAUGGCGGGAAGUGACAUCUUCCAAGAGUAUCGCCAUCUCCAGUAUUCUUGUAAUGAUCUCUAUUGGUGGCUUCAACUAUUUUGGUCUUUGCGUUACUCAAAACGUGAGUUCUACCGCAAGGUCUACUAUUGAUACAUGUCGAACUUUGUUCAUUUGGCUUGUAUCCUUAUUAUUGGGAUGGGAAACUUUCAAGUGGCUACAAGUGCUAGGAUUUGCUUUACUGGUCUAUGGAACAUUUUUAUUCAAUGGUCUCAUUAAAGCUCCGCGCAUAAUCUGCAACAGGCGAGAUAGAGAAGAUGUCAUUGCUGAGGACUCCACCGAUCCACUCUUUCAUGACUGA